CAGAUGCGUAGAACUUCUUUUUACAUUACAAUAAUUGCUUUAUGUAUACUUCGUGAGAAUGUAGGGCAUGUGCUCAACAUCUCUAGUGAUUCAUUCCGUCAACAUUUUAUUUGCGCAGUGAUUCAACGAACGAACCUCGAUAGUAGAUUAUGACUGUGCAGUUCUUUCAAAUCCUACAAAAAUGUCAGUAAACAGAUAUAAUGACAGACUUGAUCCACUGGGAUAAGAUUCUUGUCUGAAAUUUCAUGUAUAACAUUAUUCCCAGAGUGUCCCAAUGUUUGAAAAGGUGACAAUUCGGUGUACAAUUGGUAGUGUGAACUCGAAUGUGCCUGAAUGAGUAUUCAGCUGCAUCAUGUGGCCGUGCACAUUUUCAAAUCAUCCUUCUGAUGCAAAGUGGCGCUUGAAAACUGCCCUAGUGAGGCUCAUAACAGUGUUUUUGCUUCAUGCACCGAACGUGAGUGCAACAAAUUCCGUGAGAAACCAUGUUAACUUUGACACAAAAGCUGAAAACUGGCACUGGUCAGAAGAAGACCGGGCGAGGGAGCAGCUCGGUCAUGAGCCAAAUUAUAACUUGGAUGUGAUUAAACACCUAAACAGUAAUGAUGACAGUGAUAAAUACGACGAUGGGGCAUCGACUUCGAGGACGACUCGCUCCGCGACGACAACGACUUCAAAUCGACACUCACGACUUAGCGACGAGGAAUUGAGCGAGGCAGUGAGCAGGGUCAAGCGACAGACUGAAAGGGAUCCGUACGUGUUCAACUUGUUCGAGGUGCUGCUGACCACCCUGGAGACCAAACUGCGCAGGGUGGAGAACAUGGACCGCGCCCUGCAGCACCUCGCCCACAGGAUGGACAGCUUCGAGGGCAGCCUCCAGCACACUCUCAACACCACAAACAAGAUGAUCCACUUAAUAGAGACGAAAUUACUGGAUUCUGGCCCAUCCUGUCCUCCGACUUUCUACGAGUAUCACCACAAUCCCCAGCCUCCCCAACCACUCGUAUUCGAUCCCUCAGUGGGAAUUGACACACCCGUGUCUAAUCCCUCCGACAUUUUUUCGAAGCCUUCUCCACAGCCAGUAUAUUUUUACUCUAAAACGCCUCUAGAAUCAAGCAAUACAGGUUUUUCUUCUGAUAAGCUACAUUAUACCCCAUUCUCAAGUACGCUCAAUGCUCAGCCAAAUCAAGUAAACGAGGACGAAGCUCCACCUAAAACUGAAAGCAAUGUUGAAGACCGAUUGGAUUUAGUAGCAAAUCAUAUGUCCAGUAUAGAUUCGAAACUAUCGAACUUACAACAGCAGUUAGACGCAAACAGUUUGUUGAUGCUGAGCGUCUCCGGGGCGCCCAACGCUGACGAGCUCGUGGCCGAGGCGUCUGAAAACUACCAAGUCGAUAUGAGCGUCGGAGCGAAGAGACAGGCUCUCUACAAGAACCAAGACCUGCAGCACGUGGUGUCGGCGCUGGAGCGGGUGCAGGAGUCGGUAGAGGAGUUGUCGCAGAGGUUCUCCAUGCACGCGGGCCUCAACAGCGAGCAGAUCGAGCACAUGAUCGACAAUAUGGUGCAGGUGCGACAGGCUGUCAUCUCACACGGACCUGUUUCUGUCAAUGCCUCGGCACCUGGCAACACGGAGGGCGACUUCCCAGGCCCGCUGUCUGAGUCGCGCAGCAAGCUGGACGUCCUCGUUCAGAAGUUGGCUCCACUUCAAGAAGUGCGCAAAAAGAUGGAUGAGGUCUGGUCGGUCUUGGUGGGCACGAAGAGCGACGCUCUGCUGUCCAACAUACAGCGCCAGGAGCGAGCCAUCCAGCACAUGAAGACGGACGUCACUGACAGGAAGGACCGAGUUGUGCACAACAGCACGCAGGUGGAGCGCCGUUCGGAGUUCAUGUCGCGGUCAGUCAGCGCUGGAGGCUCGAAGCUCGAAGACCAGAGCAACUCCCCCAGCCACGUGACACUCCUGCACCGCUCCACCAACCCCCGCCUGCAGGAGAAGUUGGAUGGCGUGGCCCUCCCGCUGCACGGUUCAAUCGAGCAACAAAAGUGGAGCGCCAACAGUUCUUCAGUUGUCAACAGUUCAGCGCCGGGCGGCUCCGACCAGACCGCUGGCGCGGACCAGGGCGUGCAGGACAUGAUGCUCAACAUGGCGCACAAGAAGAGGGUGAGCAGCGUCUUCAUCGCCCCGCCUGUCAACGAUGAUAUCACCGGCUACUCGUGCAGCGACCUGCUAAAGCAAGGGUACUCGGAAAGCGGUAAUUACCACAUCCGCAUCAAGGGCACCACCUACUGGUUCCUCAACGUCAACUGCGACAUGAAGAGGGAAGGCGGCGGAUGGACGGUCAUUCAAAGACGAGAUGAUUUCGGUGACCCUCGAGAGAACUUCAACCGAGACUGGACGGACUACAAGCACGGCUUCGGCAAUCCCGAAAAAGAAUUUUACUUGGGCAAUGAAAAUAUUUAUCUAUUAACAAACACUCAAGAACACAUCUUGCGCGUCGAGCUCGAAGAUUUCGAAGGCAACAGAAAGUACGCUGAGUACAGCACCUUCAGACUCCACAGCGAGCUGGACUUGUACAAGCUCGAGAUCGGCGGCUACACCGGCAACGCUGGUAACGCUCUCAACGACCCGUGGUAUGGUCACAACCUCAGCCCCUUCUCUACAUUUGACAGAGACAAUGAUCGAUCGAGUUUGAAUUGCGCAUCAAUGCUCAAAGGAGGAUGGUGGUGGAGGGCUUGUGGACGGAGUCUGAACGGACUCUAUCUCACCAACCCCAACGACUAUAUAGGCAGACAAGGCAUCGUGUGGUUCCGUUGGAAAGGUUGGGAUUACUCCCUGAAGAAAUCUCUCAUCAUGAUCAGACCAAAAUCUCAUACGUUGAAGAAUGAUAAAUCCAAAGCAAAAGGCAAUACGUGAGUUCCCAAACAUCUCCCUGAAAUAGUCUUAACAAUUUAAGACUGUUAUGUCAGCUUGUAAACUACCACGAGUAAUUUAGAUUUCACCUUCUCAUUUCACUUCACGCUAUCGUUCAUUUAAUCACACAUUAUGUAUGUCACUCCAUCUCAAGCACGGGACCGCUUUGCUUUUUCGGCACAAGGGGGAUAUUUAUCGCUGUUUAAAAUCUGGGAUAUUGUGUUCAACUAAUUUGUUUAAUUGAAAAGAGAAGAUAAGAAAAAGAUAUUUCACGCCACAUAUUUCUGGGGUAUAAAAGUGAAGUUUCGAUCAUUAUUGACUUAAUUCCUGUAAAAAAUUGAUAUUAUUGAAUAGCAGAGUCGAACUCACUGGUCAUUUACAAAGUUCACGAGUUUGUACGAUAGCUGGUCAUCCGUUUCCUACUUGAUAGCAAGUUCUCUAUGAUCAAUGCGCUCCAUGAGCGACUUCUCGUGAGCUGUCCCUCAUAUCAGGUUUUUGGCAUUCUUUUCUUACCGUUUUCGAAUGUUUUAUUAUUCACUGCCUUACUGACGUUUUAGCAACGCUUAGAUUCAACUCAAUAGGAAAGAAAAAAAAAUGUUUUUGGAGUUCCUAGGAAUGAUGU